AUGAUCGAGGCAAGGUCGUCAUAUCAGGAGGGAAGCUUGUGGUUCUAUGCGCCAAACAAAGGAGCUACAAUCGCAUUUGCAAUUCUCUUUGCUAUUUCCGGAGGUAUUCAUGGCUACCAAUGCUACAAAUUUAAGUCCUGGAAAGUCACUGGACUUCUGCCAUGGUCCGCCCUUCUAUUCACAGCUGGGUUCAUAAUGCGCACUAUUGGCGCAUUUGGCCAGUGGGGUAACGUCGGUAUCUUUAUUGCUAGUACAGUUCUACUCUUGGCUGGGCCUCCCGUCUAUGAAGGUGCUAACUUCUUCAUCUUGGGUCGCAUGCUCUACUACAUCCCAUAUCACUCACCCAUCCACCCCGGCCGGGUAUUCACAACAUUUGUGGCCUUGGGCGUCGCUAUCGAAAGCAUUACCGCGAACGGAGCUGCUCGAGUCGCAAGUGCAGAUGCCUCAGAGAGCUCACAAAAUACCGGCAAAGCAUUAUUGAAAGCAGCGCUCAUCAUGCAAAUUGCUUUGAUGGCAGGUUUUGUCGCUUUAGCCGGCAGAUUCCACUUUAAUUGUUCCCGAGGGGGAGUGUUGAACGACAAAAUCAAACGGACUCUGAUAGUGCUGUAUUGCAGCUGCACUCUUAUCACAAUCCGCACUAUCUACCGCACGGUGGAAUAUUUCACUGCCGCGAGUUUGAAUGCGUAUUCGGAUAUCAACCAUAUCAGUCCGGUUCUAAAACAAGAGUGGUUCUUCUGGUUCUUUGAAGUCGUGUUCAUGUAUAGUAACACCACUCUUCUAAACGUCUUCCAUCCCAUGCGGUCGCUUCCACGCUCAAAUAAGAUCUAUCUUGCCGAGGAUGGGAUUACUGAGAUCGAGGGCCCGGGAUACGAGGAUCCUCGCCAUUGGCUUCAAACGUUUGUUGACCCAUUCGAUAUCUAUGGACUGAUCACAAAGCGAGGUAAGAAAGAGAAGUAUUGGGAAGCGAACCCGACUUCGCAGCCAGGCAAGCCUGUGAUUGCCAGCCCGGAUGUAUGA